UAAACGGUGGCUGGAGUCAGUGGAGUGCCUGGUUGGAAUGUCGCUGCCCUGGGAAGCCUGCCCAGGGCAGGAAGCGAUCGAGAACAUGCAGCGAUCCGAUCCCGCUGUACGGAGGGGCACCCUGUGUUGGACCGAAUCAACAGAAAACACCCGAUUGUGUCACUUGUCCGGAAGAUACACAAAUCAUUACGCCGAAUGGAUUCGAGGACAAUACUUUUGUUCGUCGCUGGUCCGCCUGGUCAACGUGGAGCAUGUGCUCAACCAAGUGCGUCCAAAUACGCCGCCGAGUCUGCCGAGCCCAAAAUUUGGAGUUCUACGACAAAGCCUUGGUAAAGCACCAUCAACAGUUGGCCGCCCUGAUGGACGAUCGGGAGGAGCAGGACGGUGGCGUAGGAGGAGGCGGCAUCACAAGUACCAGCAGUGGAUUCGGUUGCCUCGGGAAGGACUUCCAGUCCAUCGUCUGCCGUGGCGGUGAAUGCAAAAUUGAUGAAACAGCAUCCGAUUGGAUCUUCUACCUGGGACUCGGAUUCAUUGUCACCCUGUGCAUCACUUUCUUCGUGUUCCUGGUUCAUAUCCGCCAUCGCCAGAAGAUGCCCUCGUACAGCAUCACUAGAACCGCACCGGAUCAGCACACCUACACGCACGAGUUCCAGAAGAAGCUCACUCAUAACUCCAGCAUCAUCCCGGAUAUUAACAUUCGGGUGAACAACUACGAGUACUCCAACGGAAGUACAAUGGAAGCACCGAAGAUACCCGGUCAGAAUGUCCCUUUGCUACUUCCACGGUCCAUUUCCACGGAGCACCACUACGACGAACCGCAGUUCACAUCUAGCUAUUCGACGCCCAUCGACAGCAAAAACCACGAGAAGGCUAAUUUGUACCACCAACAACAACAGCAGCUAAAACAGCCACAACAAUACCAUCAGCAUUUGUAUCAUCCGAACCACCCAUCGUCACCCGCACCGACCGCGACAUCCAGUCUGAAAAGCUCGCAUCAACAACAACAACAACAACAGCAGAAACAGACAACCCUACAGAGCCAACCACCAGCACCACCCUCGCAGAAGAGCGGCGGGGGAGGACAGUACAUCAGUUCGGAAUCGUUGACCAGCAAUACCAAUACAUCAAACUCCACCUACGCGGUCGCAACCACGGAAUCCCUCGAGACGUCCAGCUCCAACGAGGCCAUGUACAAAUCGAACAGCAUGCGUCAGGUGGUCACCUCGGACGGUGGCUGGCUCGAGCUGAACCAUCUCCAAACAUCGCUUUCCAUCCCGGAGGGAGCGCUCCCGGAAACCCUCAAGAUCAACGUGUUUCUCGCCGUCAUGUACGACUCCAAAGAUACGAUUCUAGUCGAAAACCAAAUCACCCACAUCAGCCCGACGAUCGUCUGCGGUCCGGCCAAGAGCAGCUUCUCCAAGCCGCUGAUCCUCAAGGUGCCACACUGUGCCGAAGAUAUCAGCAAUUGGAAAAUCUCCCUCUUCUACAAGGAGGAAGUGACGAACUGUUGGAAGAAGAUUGCAUCGUCGGAAAAUGACGUCCCUAGUCCGCAGGCUUACAUUCAGCUCGACCUGAAGAAUGCCUACAUCAUGACCCGAAAGCUGGGCAAGUACAUACUCGGAGGGGAAAACCUCUCGCCGGACGUCUCCGUUAUGAAACGACUUAAGAUUUACAUGUUCGGCCCCAGCCGGAAGCCGGAAACGGAUUUCAACAUUCGCGUCUACAUCCUGGAAGACUAUCCCAGUGCGCUGGAGCAUUGCUCGAUCAUCGAAAGCCGAAUGGGCUACUUCAUGAUUGGCCAGAGUUCACCGUUCCACUUUCUCAACAACAAGCAGAACAUGAUCCUCAGGAUCAACUGUUCCGGUGGAUGGACAUCGAAGGUCGAUACCGCUACUCAGAGGAUUCCCUUCAAUCACGUGUGGAAGAACAUGUCAAUUUUGCACUGUGAGUUCAUGCUGCAGAAGGUGGUCAACGAGAUUCCCUGCCUGAGGGUGGAACUGGCCGUCGAGCAGGAGAACGGCACGAAAGUGCUCAUCACGUCGGUGGCAUUUUCGUGAUAGUACAUGCGGAAGGCUCUGGAAAAGUUGAUGACGAUCUAGCGGAGCGAGCGGUCAAGGUUAUGGACGAUCGACGAAGGAACAAAAGAACGGUAUUCAUCGUGUAGCCUCUGAUGGUGUAGUGAUAUUAUUGAAUCCAAGCAAAUGGGGACGCAUUCCCGAUGGAUGUAGGUGUAAGCGUGUAUAAGGUAGGAAAAUAUUUAUUGGAAACAGCAGGAUUACGACGAACUAGAUUCGAGUAGGAUGUGUAUUGCCCGAAUCGAAGUGCGCUAUUGUUUAUCGACAGUUGCAGUAAGUAAACUUGUUAUUACGAAUGUGCAUUCAAAGGUUAGUCUGUAGGAUCGAUAAGCCAAACAGAGUUGAAAACACGGUAAGUCGAAAAAUGUUCAAAACCAUGAAGAAAGAGAAGAAUGGUGUAGAUUAAAUUAGUAGUUGUUAAAUAAGACUGAUCGUGAGGAACAAUAAAGAGUUGGAAAAUAGA